AUGGGGAGGGUCUUCCCAGAACCACAAGGCUUGGAAGGUGACGCCAGCAAUGACAAAUUCGGCUACCCCUGCUAUUUUGCCCAUCUUCCACCCCAGAGCAAGAUCUGUCACAGCUCAGGUGACAGCCAGAUGAAGAAUAUGGGAGAACCCAUCCCAUUUUCCCUCAACCCCAGGCACCCUUACGUGGUGAAAGACGACAGAGUGAAAAAUGGAAUAUAUGCCAAGGAGUUGGACAAGCCUGCACUUGGGCGUGAGGAGGAAGCUCAGAAGUUUCGGGAUCCAUUUUACAAAGACACAGGAUGGUCUGGCAGCGUGUCGGAAAAUGAGGACCUCGGCUGGACCUGUCACCUUCCCGGACAUCCAAGGUCACAUGUCCUCCAAACUGCCGGUGUGGCACCCUGUGGCUCCUACGACCCUUUCCAGCGUGGCGUGGGCAAGUACUCGGGGGUGGAUGCCUUUUCCCAGUGGGCCUGUGCCAGCGACCCUUAUCUGGGGUACCCUGAGAGCAGCGGGGCAGCUGAGCCCCACAUGCCGCAUGAGGAGGCCGUGAGGGACCGGGCAUUCCCGUUCCUGCCCUUGACCUACGACACGAUGAGGGAGGAGAACGCCACGCUCAGGAAGAUGGUCCAGAGCAUGAAGAGCUCCUUGGAGAGGCGAGAGGCCAUGGUGCAGAGGCUGGAGGAGCAGUUGAACACCAGACUGGCCGAAGAGGAGAGGAAAGCCCAAGAGCUACAGGCCUUUGCCCAGAAGACUGCGCGGAGCCUCCAGCUCAUGACCCAGCGGGCGCUGGAGGCAGAGAGCAACACAGAGAAGCUGAAGAAGGAGAUCUUCAUCCUCCGGGGAGAGCUGGAGAGAUCCAAGGAGGAGAAUGAAAGCCUGAGAGCAAGCCAAGCGACCAACCUGAACGCAAUGAAGUACAGCAUAGACUUCACCUUGCAGAGCCUCCAGAGGAUAAUAACCGGUGCAAACUGGUCCAUCAAACAGCUCGUCUCUGGAGUGAACUCCCUGCAUUUUAUUACCGAGGUCCUCAAGUCUACCGGCAAAAUUUCUGAAGGGGAAAACCAGCUGUGA